GUUACGUCGUCUGCUUGCCGUUCUAUCGCAUGGAAGCCAACUCUACUGCAGUCAUGUCACAAGUCCGAGUUGUCGACGAGAACGAAUCUCAGGAUGUCCUUCACAUGCCUCAACUCCCGACUCAAGGUGCUCACACCCCCUCACACUCCAUAACCAAGUCUCCAGAAAAUAUGGCCUUUUUAUCCGAUUCUAAUGCGCCACAGACUGGGAAAAGCACAGCAAACCAAUACGCAAGAAACGAGUUGGACUCGUCUGAGGAUGGAGAAAUCGAGGAGCAAGUUCGCCCUGUCAACACCCCUCGACGAAGGAUACACCUUGGCAAUAAUUGGUGGGGCUCUAUGUCCGAAGGUUUGGAGCGAGAGGGCGCCAAAAUCAACGGAGUCAUAUCAAUCCCAAUUCCAUUCACAGGUCGCUUCUUACGCUUCAAGAUUUUUCGAUGGUGGUUCUCUUUCAAUGGCCUGGUCAUGAUCGGAAUCCUCAUCUUAUACACGAUAUUGGGCCUGUUCGCUUGGAACUCCACCCGUGCAGAUCACAACAACAUAUUUGUCCUCCCGUCAACCGACAGCAUUUUCGUCAUCAGCACCUUGUCGACCGCAGGAACUACAUUGAUCAGCAUGCUGGUUGGUUCAGCUCUCGAAUCCGUUCGAUGGCGUAAAGCAGUCAAUGGUGUAUAUAUGGCCACUUUCCUUGGAUUGUCCGGUGCGACGGGCACACAAGGCAAGCUCGCACUGCUUCGAUCGCCCCAUAUAGUCUGGUCCACAAAGGUCUGGGUUCUUAUCGUCUUUGCUUUCGCCGCAGUGAACUACCUGCUCUCUAAUAUCUUGACGGUUGGCCUAUCAUCAGCAACUGUGUUUCAAGUGACCCACUGGGAGUUCAACACAAUGUCGGGCAUUGGGCCGUGGAUCCCGCACGACCUCACGAGCAUUCUUUAUCCGACGAGUAUGAAUAUGUCAAUCCGUAUCGACCACACUUACGAUUCAUUCACUUCCGAUAGCACGCAAGUGAUACAGCUCACGACCAACGUCACGCGGUUUCCUGGCUCUCACAUCAUUCCAACCGCUUUCCGCACUCUCUGUGACGACGGUUGCUUCGCAUAUCUCCUGCCUGGGACAGUGUCACAAGUUAUCACUCCCGGUCCACAGCCGCCCAUCGGACAGACUUAUUGCAGUACCGCUAGUCCGGAAGAGUGUGUAACACCUCCUUUCGUUGUUGACGUGGGAGGCCUGCCAAGUCUUCUGGCUUGCCAACCGGGUGAUAUGUUGUGUAUUGCGAAUGCUAUUCUCGACGAUCGCAAGUCGCCCAAUCGCUCAAGUUAUGCGACCAUGAAUACCAACCUGACAUCCUGGCCGAACUUUGCCGUUAGCGAUACUUUGCGCACACAUGGUCCUGCCGCAAUGGUCUACUUUGAACCAUUUACUUUCGACGGGCCUGCGGAAGCUUCGAAUAUGACCGGUUGUCAGUUAAUGACGGCUCUGCCAUACGCCAUCAACAUAUGUUACAAGCAUAUCGAUCAAUCUAGUUUUGCGAUUGGUUGGGCAACAUGCGACCCAGUCUUACACAAUUGCACCUUCAGCGACACGACAUGGCGAGAAUCGUUGACAUCUUCCACGAUCAUGUCUCUUGAACAACGACAAGUGGGAGUCGUUCACUACUUGCCGACGGGUACCUUGAACGGCAUCGAAGACUUCGAAGACGCUUCCUUGCUCACGAUUAACAGUACUCAGUUUUUCAACGUUAUCACCAGCGUCUUCGAUCAGGGCACCGCCAUGAGCAAUCUAAUUUAUAACGCUGCCAACAGCCCCAACUUGGCUCACUUCGGUGCCGACCUGCGAAUGCGAGACCUUCUGACUUGUACAUAUUCACUCGGCGCCUCACAAAUACAGGUUGAUGCCCCAUUGGGUUCCAACGUGUCCUGGAAUAACGCUGGACAAGCCGGUAUCAACAUUGCGACCGACCGAAUCAUCAUGUCCUUGACUUCAAUUAUCGUUUUCGCGACCUUCGCGGGACUUACCCUGGUUCUCUGUGCACUCAUGUUUGCAUAUUCCUCCUCCCUCAUUACGCCAAACAAUACCGACUUUUCUGAGCUGGAUAUCGCCUCUCGAGCAGCACAUUUGCGUAUCUUCGAUGGGCUCUCCAAUGCGGAUAACAAAGAGGUGGUUGAGAGGAUCGGGCAAGAGCGAAUUUGGCUUGGGGAAAGCAAGGACGGGAGGAGUAUAGAAAUGGCGACCGAGAGACUUCCGCCACUGCAGUUGCACAAAGUGUAUGUUUGAGUUGCCUCCCUAGUGCUGCUGUAUUGUGCUUGUUAUACUUGUAAUUCUUUUCUGC